GAUUAUAGCUGGUCCCUUAAUGAUUCAAAAGUAUUUUAUUGUUGAUUAAUGGUCACCUGAAUGAUGUUUUUCAUGGGUUUGAGGAAGAAACAAAACGCCAUGCAAUUAUUAGAUUUUUGGUUCCACCAGGGAAAGAACCCCCUCCUCAGUUGGGAGGAAGUAGAGUGUCAGGAAAAGAUUCAACAAAGGGAAGAAAGAGUUCUCAGCGUUUGACAAUGUCCAGUAUCUCUGCACUGAUGGUUUGCUGCUCUACAAUGAUAACAACUUCGUACCCUGUUCAGGUGACUGUUCCUAUUCGGUCCUUAUUUGCCCUUAUUGAGAGAGUGCUGAUUAUGGAUGGUUCCCUGCCACAAUCUCUGCUUCCCUUUAUGACUGCCACACAGCAAGAGUUCAUUUGUUCGGAACUACCACUUCUGCACCUGUAUGGUUUAGAAUUCCUCACUGCUAUUAUAGAGGGUGUGCGCAGUCAACUUUUACCACAUGCUGCUUAUUUAGUGCAUCUGCUUUCAGUGUAUUUAAAGAGAUGUGCAUUGCCAGAAUUGAGGAUAAAGGUUUACUUAAUCACAAGAAUGUUGCUGAUAUCCAUGGGUGUUGGGAUGACAGUAAGCCUGGCACGGGAAGUUGCUAAAAACGCAUUGAUUGAUCUGAAUCCCAUUGUGAAUGAAAGUGGUGGUGCACCUUCUAGUGGAAUCUCAUCAAAGCCUUGUACUGAAGCAUUGCUUCAAACACCGCAAUCUAGCCAUAGAAAGAGGAAGCAUGGAGCUUCAAGCAGAUCUCUUGAGUGGCGUAAGACUAGUAGUUUGGAAGAGGGGAACCCCAAGAACCAUACGUUAUCUCCUAUUCCUGUGAGAAUCGCUGCACUUGAGGCCUUAGAAGCUCUUGUCACUGUGGGUGGUGUAUUGAAAUCUGAAGGAUGGCGAUCUGAUGUUGAUUUUCUUCUGAUGAACAUAGCUACAAAUUCUAUGAAAGGGGGACAGGCUGGUAAUAACAAAAACAUUUACCAGCCGAAUGAACCUGUUGAUAUUUGGGGUGAUUUUCAGCUUGCUGCUCUACGAGCACUUUUGGCAUCAUUACUUUCUUCUUGUGUCCGCCCCCCUUAUUUAGCUGAGGGUCUUGAUCUUUUCCGUAGAGGCAAGCAAGCAACUGGAACCAAAGUUGCUGGAUUCUGUGCUCAUGCUCUUUUGACCUUAGAGGUCCUUAUACAUCCCAGGGCACUCCCACUAUCAGGUUUCUCUGAUGGAGUUAGCCACAAGCUCCCAGAAAACAUGUACCCUAGUAGUGUAAAGCACCGAACACCGUUUUCAAGUGACUUACAGGGAAUGGUGUAUGAUGCUUCUGAUUCAGAUUGUGACGACCUAUAUAAUAGCUGGCUUGCAACUGGUAAAGAAAUGGAAGCACCGAAGAGUGACCUAGACAAGACUAUGCAGGCUGGAGAGCCAUCCAAAGCUCUAACAAUUCAUCGGGAUAAAAAACUUUCUGUAGAUGGUUCAUUUGGUAAAGAGACUCUAGGAGGAAGUGCACGGGAGCUUGAAGUACCCAUUAAGGAUGUGGAGAUGAGAGUCAAUGGGGCUGAAAAUAUGGUUGAAUCCUGCCAAUUUCAAGAAUCCGCAAUGCAACUUGAGAAUGAUCUGUCUUCAAAAGGUGCCUCAGUGUCUCGAACUACAGUUGUUGAGGAAGUCUUUGGGAGGGUUUUUCUGGGAAAUGGUCCAUCAGAUCAAGCAGGUAGCACUACGGUUACAAGCCAUGAUGUGGUGGUGGCUAAGGGUGAUGGGUUUCUUGGCAGAGAGAGUAAUUCGGCGUCUGCUUCAAAAAUCCUGAGAAGGGCAAGGGAAUCGCAUAUGAACUGGGCACUGAUUCAGAUGUGGAUUCAUUUCCUGAUAUUGUGGAUCCAGAUUCUGAUUCUGAAUGAUGUGUAAGAGUUUUUGGUUUAUUGAGUUUGUUUUGUAGAGGUUCUAGAAUUCGUCUUGGGUUUGGAGGAAUCAGGGAGUUGGUUUUACAUUGUUUGUUCGUGUCGUUAGACAUCUUAGACAAGGGUCUGGUGAAGGGGAAGAAAUUCAGAAAUUGGCUCAAGUGUCUGGUUAUCUUUUUGUAACGAAGUUUUACUUUUACACACUCAUGAUGUUUAUUGAGAUGUUAAAGAAGCUAUUCCUAACCUUUUAUGGAAGUUUUGCCAAAAUGUCAAUCGGUUACGUAAUG